AUGCCGCCAAAGCCUAGACGGCCUCCGAAGCCACGUGGGGGAGCUGCCGCUGCUUCUUCUUCUACCGCUGCAGAAGAUUCUCAUAAGCAAGAGGAAUUCGAACCAUCUUUGACAGCAGCUGAAUCAUCCGCAUCAGUACCCUCAGAACCCAUUGAAUCCACUCCGCUCGCCAUCCCGCCCCCUUCCGGCCGCCUCGAAGGUUUAAAUAACCCUGCCGCUCCAAAUCUCCGUUCAACAAGGGCCACCACCGUUUCUACAGUAGCCGAGGCUUCCGGAUCCACAGCAACCGUCCAACCGCCCGUCCUCGCACCAGGAGAACGACCGAAACCGAAAUUAAAAUUUGCACCGAAGAAUACAAUAAGGAAAACUAAAGAGGAACGAGAACAAUUAAACCGGCAAUAUGAUCCUCCACCACAGGGUGAUUCUCUUAAUGCAUUCGGAGUUACACGUGGUGGACCUUCUGGGCGUGGUGCUAGGGGUAGAGGACGGGGUAGAGGUGGAUUCGGUAGAGGUGAUGGUGGACCGAAGCGGGAAGAGGUCGCUGUUGCUUCGGGACCGUUUUCCAUGGGUAGUGUGAUUACUAUGGGCGGAAAACAGAAGGUUUCGAUAGAACGCCUUUCACGAUCCUUCCGAACUAAUCGAGUGAGUGGAUUGAAGACUAAACGCGAAAUCGGGGAAGACGGAGAGAUCAAAGAUGAGCCCUAUUCGUCAUCGGACUCGGAGGGUGGGCCGAAGGUCGAUGUGGAGAUGAUUGAGAUGAUUAGCAGCGAUGAAGAGGAGGAUGGAGAAGGUGGGGAGAAGAAAUAUUCAUCUGUUCGAGGGUUCGCACCGGUUAGGAUUGAGAGAAGGGAGCACGUUGAUAAGUCGGCGCAGCAAGGUGGGGGGAAGGAAGAAAAGGGAAAGAAAGACGUCAAAGGGAAGGGUAAAGAGGUUGAUUUGGAGAUCUUGGAGGAGAGGAAAGCGAGAUCUGGGAGGAGGGAUUCGGGGACAGGACCGCGGGUCAAAAUUGAACCGUCAGAAUCACCGAAAGCUACUAGACGGACUACCAGGUCUCCAGAACAGAUUAAGAAGAAACAAUCAAGCUCCCCUGAAGAUAGACGGCGGAAGCAGGUGGCUAGGUCGAGAUCUGGGAACCGCAAGAAGGACAUAAUUGUUCCUCAGUCGCAGGAGGAUUUCGAAGAGAUCGAUAGAUACGAAGUUGAUCGAUUCUCUAUGUUAAAUGAACUGGGUCCAGCGCUGCCAGAAAGGGGUGUGGAUGCCGAGGGAGACCAUGAUAUGGAUGAUGCCGCCAUGAUACCUCCCGAACCCCGACCGGACGAGAAACAGAACAAACUAUACUUAUUCCAAUUCCCGCCUGUCUUACCACUUAUGGAACCUGUCGAAGAUGUUGAAGAUGCAGAGGCCCAGGUCAAGGAAGAAGAUUCCACGGCACCGGCCGCCGCUAGCUCAUCCAAUCAGCCGGCUAUCAAAAAGGAAGAAAAGCCCAAACCAAAAUAUACCAGCCUUGCAGAUGUUCAGAAAGCGCAGCUACCGCCUGGUACAGCUGGAAAAUUAAAUGUUCACAGGUCGGGCAGAGUUACUAUGGUGUUUGGCGGGAUAGAGUUUGAAGUUCAGAGAGGAGUCGAAUGCGACUUUUUGCAAGACAUCGUGGUUCUGCAGAAGGACAGUGGAGCGUUAGAUGAGAGAGGGAAACCGAAGGGGAGAGCAUGGGGAAUGGGACAACUAAAAGGGAAGUUCGUCGUGACACCUGAUAUCAGCAAGUUAGUCUGA